UCGUCCAUGAUUUCACGCAGCAGGUUCAAAACACAACUUCUGAGCAGUUGUGCAAACAUCUGAUGAAUCUGCUAAUCUAAUCUACUCCAGCAAAACCACCUACAGCUGGCCAUCUUUCCGUUGUUUUUUUGUUUUUUGUUUGGCUAGGCAGAAGGAGAGGAGGGGUCAUAAAGAAAGUGAAAGUGUCUCUCCACUGCAUAUAAGCAGUGACUCUGAGAGACAGUCACUCCAGUUCCAGCAGCAGCAGGUGUCGAGGGGAAGAAACAGGCUCCUUAUCAGCCCGACACAGAAACCACAUCGCCAUCUCCACCUCGUCAUGGCUGCGGAGAAGCUCUUCUUCUGCCUCCUCUUCAUCACAUGCUGCAGCACAGUGACGUUGGCCCAGAGGGCCCUGGACUGCUGCCUGUCGGUCUCCAACAAAUCGCUGCACAAGUCCCGGGUCGUGGACUACUACCCGCAGUCCAAAGGCUGCAAUAUCGACGCCACAAUCUUGGUGACCAGAAACAACAAGAAAAUCUGCGCCCGUCCGGACGACCCGUGGGUCAGUGGGGUGACGAGACACGUGGACAAGCUGAGGAAGCAGUGCAAGAAAAACAGCAAGGGAAAACGCUGCGUAGGAGUCAACCCGAGGGUGAAAUAACUUCAUCCCCACAACUGAGGCGACAAACGACAAACAUCCAUCCAUCUUCCUAUUAUGGGACACAGGAAACAAAAAACAUAAUCAAAAUGAUUAAAAACAUGUAACACCAGCGAUUCCUCCUGUUACUAAUCAGAUAUCUAUAUUAUGCUUUUGUUUUUUGUUUUUUUUAUUAUGUUUGAGUUAUAAUAAAAAUCCAACAUCUUGAAGGACUUUCUUCUGUGUCAUUUGCAAAAAUGAAAAUUGUGAAAGAAAUAAAAAGUGAAAAAAAAGAACUUCUAACUUAUUUUUAUGACAUUUCUUUGUAA